GAGGGGCCGCGGCAGCCCCGGCAGCGCGGUGAAUGGCAGGACGGAAAGUGUUGUGAAAACUUUGGAAAGCACUGGGAAGUCCAAGUCUGGCAUCAUGGUCCCUUUCCACUUGCACCUCUAAGGACUUGACCCAUUGCCUGUGGGAAACUGUCUGGCAGUAAGGAUUUGUGCAAGAUUCUGGGUAAAGAAUGCAGACUAUAAAGUGUGUCGUUGUUGGAGAUGGCGCUGUGGGAAAAACUUGUCUCCUCAUCAGCUAUACCACCAAUGCCUUCCCAGAAGAGUACAUCCCUACUGUGUUUGACAACUACAGUGCCCAAAUGACUGUUGAUGGCCGGACGGUUAGCCUGAAUCUCUGGGACACUGCAGGCCAGGAGGAAUAUGACCGUCUGCGUACGCUCUCAUAUCCUCAAACCAAUGUAUUCGUCAUCUGUUUCUCCAUCGGUAGCCCAUCUUCCUAUGCAAAUGUGAGGCACAAAUGGCAUCCUGAAGUUUCUCACCACUGUCCAAAUGUUCCCAUUCUUUUAGUGGGUACAAAGAGAGACUUGAGAAAUGACCUGGAAACAGUUAAAAAGUUGAAAGAGCAAAGCUUGGCUCCCACUACCCCGCAGCAGGGGACUUCGCUGGCUAAACAGAUCGGAGCAGUCAAAUAUUUGGAGUGCUCAGCGUUGAAUCAGGAGGGUGUUCGGGAGGUGUUUGCUGAAGCUGUGCGUGCAGUUCUGUAUCCUGUGACAAAGAAGAACACGAGAAAAUGUGUCUUAUUGUAGUUACCUCGGGUGAUGGAUGUUUGAAGUCGAAUAUUGACUCGAAUCUUGGAUUUUUUUUUAAUGAGUUAAAUUGAAGAUUUGCAUCUUGCACUAACAGCUCUAAGCAGAAAUGGUUUAUGCAGCAAAUAUUCUUGCAGUCUUAUUGCUUCAGGGAAACUGAAACAGAACAGUUUGGUUCUUUCCAACUGAGAGGUCGAAUAUCUACUUUUAUUUCUACAGUUCCAAUCUCCAGCUUCUCCAGGGAUCACUUGGCUUCUGUCCUUAUUUAGUGGAGGAAAAUAAAAGAAGGGACUUCUUUGAAGCUAGUCUUCCUUACUAGAUAGCCAUCAGUUACUAGAUUUGCUGAAAAGCACAGAUUCUGAUGACUUUGCUUUAAGCGUAGCUGCUGCUUUUCCCAUCCCUUAUUUACUGAUUGAAUUGGUUUUACGAACAGAAUUCUGGCGGUCCAGUUGUUUUAAUUUGUCAUUUUAAAGCUUGAAAACGAUCUGUUUACAUGCAAAAUGCCUGAAAUAUUACUGAGAUUGACCUUAUAGUGAACUGUGAUCAUUUAUAUGAAGAGUUAGCAUAAGGCAUGUUUAAUGCAAUGAGCAAGACCCAGGGAAUGCUUGCAAUGAUUUUAUUAAUAGAAGCAGGAGCUGAUUUCUCCUUCUCCUAGUAUAUGGAACUUAGAAUAAUGAUGAAUCACUCGAAUGAGUGAUUUUCAUACUUUUGAAUUGGAGAGGUAGAAGACGAGUUUAGGUGCAAGUCUUCCAUAAUCUUCUAAACUGAGUUUUUAUUUCACUCUCCGAAGAGACUGUGCACCCUGAGAAUAAAGGUUGUGGUUACCUUCUCAACCUGACUGGGGUAGUUGGGAUGACACUUCUCCAGACAAGAUUUUCAGUGUGAUCCCUUUGGUGAAUGCCAGAGCCUUGAUAGCAGCCCCUUUGCUCUUGGGGGAUUCAUGGCUUUACUUCUUAAUGUUCUUGGGGUCUCCACCUGAGAUUUUUAUGGCAAGUUCCUUUGUUUUUUUCUGGGAGAACACUGACAGAGAAUUUGGAAGUUCCAUUUACAGGAACCAGGAACCCUCAUUUCUUUCUGGCAUCUCACUGCUGGUUUCGGUUCAAUUUGUGAUGGUUAGCCAGUCACUGGAUAGGUUCACCUGGGCAGUUUUCUCCUCCCUACUAGGUGAUUAGUUAUUAUAAACUCUUUUAACUGAAGUUCUAUUUAUGUGCUUUUUAACUUUGUUUAGCAGCUCUCGUGAUUGGCAGCUGGCUUUUGUUUUCAGGAUGUGCACUGUUCUUUGUGUGUGAUUCCGGGAUCAGCUGAGGAGUGAGCGCAUGAAACCUUCCUUAGACUUAACCUUGCAGCUUGGCGGUGUGAAAGCAGCGUGCUUCAAAGAUACUUUGUGUGAAACCAGUGGUGCUGGACUGGGCUUUGUUGUCUGAAGCUGACAGUGCUGUCUUUGUCUGGAUGCAGCCUCAAUUGGUAAUUCAGAACUUGCUUUCUUGUGAUUCCCACACAUGCAGAACUGCACCGGUGUAUGCCCUGAGCAGAAAAAAAGCCUCAUUUUAGCAAGAUAACAGAAAAUACAUCCACAAGGUUUUUAGGGAUCUUGUGUUAAUUUGACCUUGCUUUAUCUGAUACUGGCAAAAAUACCAGGCGGAUGGAAACAUUCGUAUUUGUGCCUGAAUUCCCCUCUUUGAAGAGGAUGUGCCUUCCUGCAGCUGGUGUAACUGAUGCUGACACCAACUGCAGGUUUUGUUUAUCUGAGGUGUGCUCGUACCGGUGCUGCUUUAGAAAAAUGCAACCCAAAGGUGUUAAACUUCAGUUAAUCCGAGUCCUGGUGUGUGUGGCAAGUGAACCGACACCAAGGUCCAAACAUUGCCUGAUCGCAGGCAGCAAAAAAACACUCACUGUGUGCGAUGUUUGCAGAAGCCUAGAGACUCUACGUGUUUUUCUUCAUCAAGUGCCAUUGCCUGGACCAUCUCUGCAUCUUUCGCUCUGGUGGGAGCAGUGCCGUUCUGGAUGCAGCUGCAGGCCAUGAGGGUGUAGGAGCAUUUCAGUGAGGUAACCUCUACUCACCACGUUUUGCCUUUCCUGUAGCUGUAGGCCUUUAGCAUGGGCUUGACCUGCAGGCAGCAAUUAACUCCGUGCCUUGUGAUUCGAGAUUAUUUUCAGUAGGUAAAUGUCAGUAACCAAGUCCAUAGAGUUUAUCAUGUUUAAUAUGUAUUUAUUUAAGCCAGUGCACAUGUGUUUUUUAACGCUGGUCAGGCCUAAAUCCACUGUCUAAUUACCCUGGUGCAAGAUUGUAACCUUUCUUUUAUUCAGAGACGGACUUUAAGAAGUGUGUUGAACUGCUCUCAAAUAGACUUUUAAUGUCAACAACAGGCACCUCUUGUUUUGCUACAUGUAUUUGCAAUUUUGUACUGAAGCUACUACUGUUUUAAAAAGUUUUUACUUUUUUACAUGCUGAAAUCUUUUAGUUCUGCAUCUUUUGUGGUUAUUCCUAACUGGAUUACAGUGAUUUUGUGGAGAAAAAAAUCUUGUGAGCGAGUGUUAUUGCACACCCCUCCUUUUUCUGUGGGCUUGCAGCCAUCCUGGUGUGAACUGGAAGAGGGUUUGGUGAGAUAAAAUCCAGCUACUUAAUCAGUUUUUUUAAUUGAUUGCAUUAUUGAUUACAUUGUGCUAGAAGACUUUAUCCCCGUCUAGAUUGCUUAAUGAAUGGAUUGCACAACAGUACUGAGGAGAACAAUGCAACAGUGGUGAAAAUGAGCAGAAAGUGGACUUUGAACACCGACAAGAACCUUUUCCUGACUCUGGAGUACCUCAUUCAUAGUCAUUUAGGCGCCUUGAAUUUCUGAUGCUUUCUGCCAGGAGGAAAAGCCCUGCCAGCUGCCAGCUGGCUUCCUCCAGCCUCCGCUUUUCAGGAGAAUGAGCUUUGGGAGCACAUGCAUCCAACAAGCUUCUGCAUCCAGUGGGCAUUCUCAGUCUGUGAGCUCCCUCCCCCCAGUUCUUGGUGCGUUUUAUCGUUAGCGGCCCAGGGCUCCGGUCUACAACCCGUUCCAUUCCUCCUCCUGUGAGCAGGGACAAACACAGGCUUCCCAUGGCUGGAUUUGGUGUUUCUGGGAGACAGGAAAACCCGGGUUGAGCUGUGUGGGUUUCCUGAGAUUCCUCAGUUCGUGGCUUCUGAAGAGGAGCGCGGUGUGUGCCUUAACUCAGAGGAGACGGGGAGGAGACCGGGUUUAAUCCUCCAGUUUGUGAAUGACUUCUGAAACACCUGUGUUUUUAACUAGAGCUGAAGCCAUCUGUGGGGAGCGAGCAGUUGGGGAAUUCUGCGUCCACGGGGCAGCUCGAGGCUGAUAUGCCAGGGCUGUCUCCGCUUUGAAGCUGUAGCGAUGCCGAUGCUGUCGGAACUAGAAGCCGCGCAGUGGCGUGUCUCCGAGCACUGAUCCUCGCUCUGGAGACCUUGGUGCAGCCCUGAGGAGCCACUGGACCUCGCGGGGAUCGCCCAGCGGUGGGAAUGCCGGACUCUGACUGUGGUACCGAUACAUCCACUGGUUCCGUGCGACGCGGGGUUUGUGCUGCAGCUCACGCUUCCAAAGGGGUUUUGGCUUAAAUGAUGCGGAGUUAAGUUGUAAUAAACCUUUUCUCGCCCCUGGCUCUCGCGUUAACUCCCCCUGCUGUUUGUAACACACCCGUUCUAAACGUAGUUCUUUCCUGUGGAAAGCCAGGUCCCCUCCCUCGAAC